GAAAUUCCCUUCUCCAGAAUAUCGUAGGCCACGUAUCGGGAAUGUAACCCGAUUUCUCUGGGGGAUCUCCCGGCUCUGCCAAUUCUACCUAUCGAUUUUCCUGUGGUCCCAGGGUUUACCAACGGAAUCCUUGAGGUUUGGGGAGGUUCUGGAAUGUGGUACUAGAUUUGCAAAGCCUUUGGGGCUUCGUGUUAUCCGGAUGAUCGCAUUAGAAGUGGUGACUUGUGCAGCGACGAUCGGGUGGAAGCGAUGUGUUCGAGAAUGUAAAUCCGUUCCGAUGUAAGAUAUAACCGUACUGUGCCCGUGCUGUGCUCGGAGAGAAAAAUGUGCGGAGUGACAUUAAAGUUGUGAUAGGCUCCAUUCUAAUUUGGGAGAAAGGCUGUGUGUGUGGGGGGUCAAGUUUGUGCUUGGAUGGACCCUUUGACCGGGUUUUAUUGGUAUGCCAAGAGCCGAGGGUUAUUUGGCCAACCAACUUUCCUUGAACGACGGCUGGUCCCUAAACCAUCCAGAGGUAGUUCACAACCAAGCUUCCCCACAAUAAUCGGCUAGAGGAAAAGGAGUUCAUCAUCACCGCCAUGAACGGUCUUCGCAUGGACGAGCUUUCCGCUGAGGUUGAGGUCUUGGAAUCGUCAGUAAUUUCUUUGGGGGAGGCAGGAACAUGAGGCAGCCGUGCUAACAUCUUGGGGGAAAAAAAACACAGGAAGCUAUCCAAGACUGCAGACCUCACUACCAAGAUCGCCCUGAGCUUGAAAAAAUUAUCAGCAAGUGCACAGAACGUCGAGCAGGCAGUCAAACCCAUAUACAACAAGACCCAGUCAUUAACGGUGCUUUCCGGAAGUAAGGGAAUCGGCUCACCUCCUGAAAUGCUGCCGGUGAGCUAAGAUUGUGGGUUACAGAUAUCGAUGAAGCAAUAUCUGCAAUAGACAGGGUGCGCCAACCUACAGAUGUAGUAUCAAAGGAGGAGAGUACAAUACGUCAAGGGUAUAUCCCCCGAAGCUUUUUGGCUCCUUACCCAGACACGUUUCCUUCCGGUUUUCCUAUGGCGCCUCCGUUCCGACAAAUGCAUACUAGCAGAACUCGUGCUUACUGCCCCACCACACAGGCCUUCGAAAACCGGUCUAACCGAAUACCUCGCUUCUCUAAAACGGAUCAAUGAGGCUCUAUCGUGCCUGAAGAAAUCGAACUUGCGGAGCUCUCAGAAAGCCGUUACUCAAAUGGUUUGUCAUGAGGUUGCGUAUAGUGGAUAAUGGGGUAACCGCUAACGGGUCUCUUUCCAGACGGGCCUUUUGAAAGUGGGGAGUCUACAACUCGAAGAUCUAUUUAGGCAAGCAUUAGCCGAGGAUUCAAAAUCCGUGGAACCUCUACAUUUCAUUACCAAAGGUAACACCACAGAUGUGCCCCAUUCGCGCAGUUGUUGUUGGAUCUGACUAAGCCUUUGAAGAGCUCCCAUUCCCAACUUUCCAACCCCACAAAAUCAACAUGUUGGCUGUGCUGAAUGAUUUUCUUUCCUCGACCCUUGCUGCCUCUGCUGGGAUACAGUCAAAUGCACCCCAAGUAUAUGCAGAAGUGCGUGGGCCCUACAUCACCAACUCAUUGGCAUCCCUGGCCCUGGCAAUAGUAAACACCACCCGCCGAACACCUGCUGCCCCUUAUGACAAGGGGUCAAACGGUAUAUCGGUGUAUACCAAUGCCCUGGAAGCUAUCUUUGAGGCCGAAUACGAGAAUAUCUGUCAUCUCUUCCCCACUGCGGAAUGGUCUCAGGUGUACAUUGCUACAACCGCACUGCCUAUGGGGGUAUUCAAGAAGACACUGGUAGACCUAAACGUGUUCGUCAAGCAAAAUAUGACCACGGACUGCUUUCUUGCUUUUGACGUGAUCGAAAACGUGCAACCGGCAAGCAUUAGGCUAAAGACCAAAACAGGUGAACAGAAGGAGUUUUCCGAAGCACUAAAGCCGCUGAGAACCACAGCACAGAGUAGCUUCUCAUAUUUCUUGGAGGAUAUAAAGAAGACUGGCCAAGGACUUAUUGCAUUGCCCCUGGACAACACUGUCGUGGAUAUGACUGUGAACGUGAUGUCUCGUCUUAGACGGAUGGCAGAUUACCCCAACGCUAUUUCUAGUCUUUUGGUGUCCCUGGGUGAGGGUAACUGGAAUCGUCCUUAUACGGCGCCAGCAGUCAUUCCCCCAUCCUUCGAUGUAGGCGCCGAUGGAUCACUUCUACUCUCAAACUUCUGUUUGGACGCCAUAGAUCAGCUUAUCCAUGAGCUCGAACAAAAGGCUCGGGCUAUCAUCAAGAAGAACUCCCCGGUAGCUGUCUUUAUGGUCAACAACGUUCACUUCAUCGAGAGCAACAUUCGUACAAGCGACCUUCGCAAGAUCAUGUCAAAUCAGGCGCAGGCCAAGGUUGAGAAAUGGAGGAAGGAUGCCGUUAAGAUGUACAUGGAGCAAUGGAGAGAAUGUGCUGCAUUCCUGAUGGAUGUCACUUAUACUAAACAGCAGGCCGGUGGAAAGCUCAAUCUCAAUAGCAAAGAGAAGGAAGGCGUCAAGGAGAAGUUCAAGGUCCGUUUCUGAUAUUCCGAUAUUGGUGAUGCAGCUGCUAAUACCGGAUAGAACUUCAACACGGUUUUCGAAGAGCUAAAUCAGAAGCACAAAUCAUACACAUUUCCGGACAAGGAAGUGCGCGCGAUGCUCUCCAAGGAGAUUGGAUUUAUUGGACCACUGUAUGGCAGAUUUUAUGACAAGUAUAAAGAUCUAAUGAGGGAUAAAUAUGUCAAAUAUGACCGCCAUCAGUUAGAUACCAUGUUAGCUCAACUAUAAAAAAUGGCAAGAGUAUAUAAUUUCCGUAAUGGUUUGUAGUUGGGGUCCCGUAGUUGGCGGUUCUCCGCGGUGGAAUAUGUACUUAGUCGCUGGGUUUUACGGGUGUGGUGCACCUCUUUUGGCUUUCCUUGAUUAUGGGUAUUUUCUUGGUCCAUAGGAAUCAAAAACCAAUAUUUUUCCUCGAGCACUUCUCUCAGUGCUCCAGAGGAUAUCUAUUCCUUGAGCCCUUGAACCCCUCCCCUCCACAAGCAAGAGCUACCCCACUGCCCCAUUCCCCCUCCCUAUAAACCACCCGCAACCUAUUGUUGAUUUGUGUUCCAGUGGUUCAGGAUUAUUAAAAGGAAAAAUGUGCCGUUAAAAGUCCCAACAAAACACUGACCCAAAGAAUAAGAAGAAACAAAGCCCCCGGAGCGGUCAUGAAUUUUGGUACAGAAUGAAAUUUUAUUUGUUUAUUCCCAUGCCGAUACCAAGUCCCCUGGAUACCAAACAAAUCCCCCGUCCUUAACGUAGUCGCCUAGCCUCACGCUCGGAUUCGAGCAAGCACAGAAUGUCGUCUUCGCGGACGGGCCCCUUCACGUUACGGAUAAUAGAUCGGGUAGUGUCGUCCAUGAACUCGACGCGGACCUGGGUGACACCUCCACGGGAACCUAGCAGGUAACAAAAUUUAGGUCGCCAUAAAAACUGAUGAUAGAUCGUAGGGUAGGAAGAAUGUGAGUAGCUAACCGGUACGACCGAGAACCUUGAUGACCUUGACGAGCUUAACACCAGCCUUUCCUGAAUC